AUGUCCAUCCACUCUUCAAUUUGCAGGGCCGAUUACAUCGUAGCCGGAGGAAGCCAAGGUGUUAGCUCUACUGUCGUCCAUGCCAUCUCUGUAUAUGACGGGAACAUUAUAGUGCUGGACAUCAGAGAUACUCGAAGAGUUCGGAAUGCUCACAAAGAGAUAUGGUAUAAAGAUCAUAUAUAUCACAACGGCGUAGCCGACGAGAAGAGCCUUACGUCUUCAUUUGAUCAGGCCGCAGGGGCCGCAACUGAGAAGCCUUUCGUUGAACAUACCUGGACAGACAUGCAAAGAGUUCAAGAGAUAUGUUUCCCAAGCCAGAAUGCCUUUACGCAGGACGGAGGACUGAAAACACACCGAAGGUCCUCGGGACAUUUUUUCGCAAGUCAACUAGCUGCCAAGCAGUUUCUUAAGAAGGGAAGUCCUGGAAGUAUCGUCCGUGUCGCAUCAAUCAUCUCGUACACAGUCCUUCCUAAAUACCGCAUGUCCACCUGCAGUUCCUCUAAGGGCACCGUAGUAAUUCUCAGGGAGUUGUUAUUGUCGAACUCGCGCCACUCUGAAUCUGCGUGAAUUCCAUAUCCCCUGGGUUUAUCGACUCCGAGCAUACGCGAGUUGUUGAAAAGGGAGCCCCUGUAUCACCACCUAUAUAUGCCUUCGACUAAGCAAGAAUUGUGCUAGAAGGAGAAGUAACCAUCACCG